AUGGCAACAGCUGUCACAACGAAAAAGUGGGAUGCUAGAACUUACGGCCCCAUUGUGCACGACUCCAGCUACUACAGUAAAUGUGUAUUAGGAGGUGUCCUUGCUUGUGGAUUGACCCAUGCCGCCUUGACUCCAUUGGAUGUGACCAAAUGUAACAUGCAGGUCUUCCCUGGUAAAUACAAGGGAUUGAUCUCUGGUCUCCGAACCAUUGUUGCUGAAGAAGGAGCCAUGGCUGUAUGGAAGGGAUGGCUACCAACUCUAUUGGGAUACUCUGCUCAAGGAGCUCUCAAAUAUGGUCUCUAUGAAAUCUUCAAGGACUACUACUCAAACUUGGCUGGUGAAGAAAACGCUAAAGCCUACAAGGGUCUCAUCUGGUGUGCUGGUUCAGCAUCUGCUGAAUUCUUUGCCGAUAUCGCCUUGUGUCCAUUAGAAAUGGCAAAGGUUAAAAUCCAGACCUCGCUUCCAGGAACAUUCCCAACUGCUAUGGGUGCUGCUAUGGCUAAAAUGAGAGCUGAUCCAUCUACUAGAUUCCCCUUCGGCUCACUGGUCCCUCUCUGGUCUCGUCAAAUCCCAUAUACAGUUGCCAAAUUCUACUUUUUUGAAAAGACCGUGCAAAUGUUCUACACCCAUGUAUUCACUCAGCCAAAGGAAUCCUACCCUAAACUCACUCAAUUGGGUGUUACUUUUGCUUCUGGUUACACUGCUGGUGUUAUCUGUGCUAUUGUCUCUCACCCAGCUGACUCCCUUGUCUCAUUGAUGAGCAAGGCUGACAACAAGGGUAAAUCUAUUGGUCAAAUCGCCUCUGAAACUGGUGUCUUUACAUUGGCCACCAAAGGUCUUGGUACCCGUAUUGUCAUGAUUGGCACCUUGACUGGUCUCCAAUGGUGGAUCUACGACUCAUUCAAGUCUGCUAUGGGUCUCGGAACCACUGGUGGUAAAUAG